AUGGUUUACAUCGGUAUUCCCAAGAACUAUACCACUUCUCCGUCCUCAUUUGCUGGCACUUCUUUGACCAUCAAUCAUGAAGCCACUCAGGACCUAGACUCGAGCGGGGCCUUUGAAGGUCCUGAGAAGCUGCUGGAGGUGUGGUUCGCCCCCUCUGCCACUGACCUGGGUGACGCUGGUCCGGAGGGCCUGAAGAAAGUGCCCGGUGAGAUCUGGAAGGACAUGCUGGAUUUGGUCAACUGCCAGGUGCUCUCGGUUGUCUCAUCUGAGGAUGUGGACGCCUACCUCCUGUCGGAAUCUAGCAUGUUCGUCUGGCCGCACAAGCUGAUUCUCAAGACUUGCGGCACCACGACCCUGCUGUCGGGACUGCCUCGCAUCUUGGAGAUUGCCACCCUGUUUGCAGGGUUCCCGCGCGCGACGGCUCCGCCUUCCCGUGGGAUCUCUGUGGCUGCGGCACCUUACCGGGUCUUUUACAGCCGAAAGAACUAUCUGUUCCCUGACCGUCAGCGUGGCCCUCACCGCAGCUGGCGUGAUGAGGUCCGAAACAUGGACAAGCUGUUCCUCAAUGGAAGCGCUUACAUGAUUGGCAAGAUGAACGGAGAGCACUGGUACCUGUACCUGACUGAGCCUCACACUCUGCUCACGCCCCCCGCCAGCCCUCAGGAGGUCGAGGAGGCUCUGACCGAAACCAAAAUCCUCAGCUUCCCUGGUGAGAAAGUCCACGCCGUGGACUGUGAGGAGUAUGAUGAGACUCUGGAGGUCCUGAUGACCGAUCUUGAUGAGGACAACGCGAAGCAAUUCUAUCUGGACAAUGCCACUGCCGUGGCCGAGAAGAACUACCGCAACUUCGACAAGGAUGAAGGUGCCGAGCACGUGGACGUCUUCAGCAACACUUCCUCCGAUCUGGAUGAUCCGGACCUUGACGGCGAUCGUUUCCUGCCCACUGAGCUGACCACUGAGGGUCACGCUCUGGGUACCGUCGUCUCCGAGUCCUGCGGUCUGUCUGACGUCUACCCAAAGACUCAGUUCCCGGAUGCGCGUAUCGACGCCUACCUGUUCACUCCGUGCGGCUUCUCCGCCAACGGCGUGGUGCCCGCACCGGACGGCAAGGCUCCGACCCACUACUUCACCGUGCACGUCACGCCGGAGCCGCAGUGCUCGUACGCCUCCUUCGAGACUAACGUCCAGCACUCGCAGACCGGCCAGACCACCGCCGGUAUCAUCCAGCAGGUUGUCAACAUCUUCAAGCCUGGCCGUUUCAGCGUGACGCUGUUUGAGACCAAGCCUGCUAUCGACGAGGCUGCUGACGAAGGCAACGGCUUCCAUGACACGGCCUAUGUGAACCGCCAGGCUCUUCGUCGCUCCGCCAAGAUGGAGCAUGUCGAGGGCUACCGUCGUGUCGACCGCAUCGUCCACGAUCUGAACGGCUAUGAUCUUGUGUUCCGCUACUACGAACGCAACGACUGGAAAGGGGGAGCUCCGCGGAUCGGGGAGAAGGGUCUCUGCUAG